AUGGCAUUGGCACCACAGAUCAAGACCCGCCUUCUCAUCAUCUCAGAUACCCAUGGCAAAAGCCUCUUUGACCCGCAGACCAAACCGGAAGAGGCCCAGAAAUAUGCAUUCCGCAAGCCCCUCCCCAGUGCCGACGUGGCCAUCCACUGCGGCGACCUGACGCUCAUGUCACACGUCAAAGAAUACCAAAUCACCUUCGACGUGAUGCGGUCAGUAGAUGCGCCGCUGAAGCUGGUCAUCCCGGGGAAUCACGACUGCAGCAUGGAUGUCAAGUUCUGGGAGAAAGAUUGCUCUCGGAGAACUUACCUCUCUGAAGAAACGAUGAAGCGGCUCCUCCGCCAACCGCACGAGACAUACGAAGUAGUGGAAAAAGCCCGCCAGGAUGGCAUUCAUGUCCUGACUGAGGAGGGCACGUACCACUUCGUGCUUGCUAACGGCGCCAAGCUCACUGUUUACGCCAGCGCGUGGACGCCUGAGUACGGCAGGUGGGGAUUUCAGUACGGCGAGGGCGGCCACGACUUCGCGAUCGAGGAGGGCACGGAUGUGGCCAUGACGCAUGGACCGCCCUACCGGAUGCUGGACCGGACUAGGAGCCACGACGAUGCAGGCUGUCUAUCGCUGUGGGCGGCUGUCAGGAGGGCGAGGCCCAGAAUCCACUGCUUCGGCCACAUCCACGAGGCCUACGGGGCGGUCAAGCAGUCGUGGGAGGAUGAGGGCGAGCAGAUGGUCCUGGAGAGGACUGACGCUGGCGGUGGGGCCGCGAUCACGCCCGUGAGUUUGUGUCCUGGAGAUGAGGGCUCUCUCCCGUUUGAGGCUGGCAAGGAGACGCUCUUCGUCAAUGCUGCCAUCAUGACGGUGGCAUAUAAGCCCCACCAGUCGCCUUGGCUGGUAGACCUGGAACUGUCGACACCCGAUGAUGGACACCGGGCGAAGGCGGACGAGACGAGUGAGGUGUUGUCGAAAUCGAGAAAGCUCCAGGACGGCUCGAUAGCCGAGGAACAUCCAUGA